AUGGCAAAAUUUUUGCCAUUUGUCAAAAGUGGCAAAAAUUUUGCCCUCAGUGGUGUUCGGAUCCUACGGCAAAAAAUUUGCGCUUUUGAUGUUUUGCUAUAUGCAUCCUCCGACGGCGUUGAUGUGCGGGCUACUGCGCGGCCAUCCAGCUCUGCGGCGGAGGUGGAGGUGGAGGGGCAACAGCAGGAGGAGGAGAAGCUCAAGAUCUGGGAGGAGGGGAGCCAGGAGGAGCGGAAGGCGGCCCAGGGCGCCGAGCGCGCGCGCGACGCGGAGGCGCUGAUGGCGGAGGUGUUCGACGCGGUCUCCGGGCAGCGCCGCGCGUACGCCGCGCUCCAGGGCGCGCACUGCCCCUGGGACCCCGACAAAAUGCGCGCGGCCGACGCCGCCGUCGUCGCCGAGCUCCGCCACCUCGCGCGUCUCCGCGACCGCUUCCGCCGCUCCGCCGCCGCGGGCCACAUCCCGCGCCCCAACCCCUCCGCGCCGCCGCUCUGCGAGGCCGUCGCGCCGUACGAGGCCACGCUCGACGACCUCCAGCGCCAGCUCCAGUCCAAGCAGGCCGAGGUGGACGGCCUCAAGGAGAAGCUCGCCGCCCCCACCAGCCGCCGCAACGGGCGCCACCACCCGUCCAAGCUGAACGGCCCCGGCGGCGCGCCCACGGCGGACCUGUUCACCACCUGCGCCGAGCAGGCCCGCGCGGCGACGCGGGCGUUCGCGGCGCAGCUCCUCCACCUGGGGAGGUGCAGUACCAGAUAUGGUUUAAGCAGUUAUGCUUCUGUUGUCCGAACUAAGAUAUCCGAGAAUUAUGUGUUUUAA